GAAAUGCCUGUUACUCCUAAUGUAAAUUUUCAUAUACAUGUACUUACAGUAUCAAAGAUAUGCAGCCACAGUGGUAUAAAUGACACAAGCAUUCCAGCAAAGAAAGAGUCGAGCAGACUGUUGCAACAAAUUUGAAAAAGAGGUUCCAGGAUGAGUUAACCUGCCCACAGAGGACUUCGUAAUCUGCGCACAGAGGAUUUCAGCCUUUUUCCUUUAAUUUUGUGUUUGUCUCUGUUGAGGAGAUGUCUGUCAAAUACAUGCCUGUGCCACUGAACGAUCCAAGUUAUCCAGAUGGGUCUGUCAGCCUGGAUAUGGGCUCAGCAUUUUCCUACGGGGACAAGUUCUCCAUUGAAAGACGCUAUAAGUCCAUAUUCAACUACGGCGGCCAUGGAGACAGUGGUGAUAUGUUCUGUGAACAGUAUGCUGAACCGACCUUUUUCUCAAAAUGUGCUCAUGUUUUGAUCACUGCACUGGCCUAUCUCCUAGUGGUGCUAACAUUCCCAGUAUCUCUCAUCUUCUGUUUGAAGUCUAUUCCACAGUAUGAGCAGGUGGUUGUAUUCAGACUUGGCCGCAUCCAGAAAACCAAAGGACAGGGUUUGAUCUUCAUCUUACCUUGUAUUGACAUCCUACACAAAGUGGAUAUGAGGAUGAGAGCCUUCAGUGUCCCUCCACAACAGGUUAUCACCCAGGAUGGGGCUGUGGUGGAGAUGGGAGCUAACAUCUACUUCAGGAUAGCCCAGGUCAGUCAGUCAGUGACCAGUGUCCAGGACCUCAACUAUUCCACACGUAUCCUCUUCCAAACCGCUUUAACCAAGCUGUUGACCAGGAAGCGAUUGGCCGAACUGGACAUGGACAAAGUUGCCAUCUGCCAAGAACUACAGGCUGACACAAACAAGGGGGCAGCUAAAUGGGGUGUGGAGGUGACCAGGGUGGAAAUCCCACAGGUAAAGGUGUUGAAAGAGCCCAACCCCCCACGUAUGGGACAAAUGAUGUUCCCCCCAGGAAUGGCUGUACCCCCAGCCUUUCAAAAGCUCACAGAAGCUUUCAUGGCAGCCACAGGUCCGGGUCAGAGUGGCCAUAUCCUGCCCACAGGAGCAACCAUAUCUAACAAACUGCCUGAGUUUCAGGCAGCCCAGAUUGACCAGUCCAGCCUGUCGUCUGCAGCUGAGCUUAUAUCCGCUGUUACCCGAGUUCUCAGUGACACACUGGUCAAACAAGUGGAUGCGGUCUUUCAGUUUGAAGUAACAGGGGUAAACGGAGGAAUCUACUACCUGGAUCUGAAACAUGGUGGAGGUUCAGUGGGGGAAGGACCACCCCAUUGUGACCCUGAUGCGACCUUGACCCUUGACAUUGAAGACCUGAAGGCUAUGUUCAGUGAGCAGCUGAACCCACUGCAAGCCUACAUGAGCGGUCGCCUUAGAGUAGCAGGAGAUCUCUCAGCUGCCAUGAAACUGGAGGACUUGGUGAAACGUCUCAACUCAAAAUCAUAAUAUCAUUGCAUUGUACAACACUUUGGGUGGUCGGAGCACAAAUGUACAUAUUUUCAUGUAGCCUUUUUUUUUUGUUGGCAUUGAUUUACAUUGAUUUUUAAUGAUUCAUAAGCGAUAUCAGACUAAUUCGAAUAAUGUGAUAUGUUAAUUCAGUAAUCCAACUAAUAAGCUCUUCGAAACUUCUAAUUCGAUUUCGAAACAUGGUAAAGCUGAAGACAACAAAAUGAGAAUGGUCACAAGAACUGUACCUGUAUAUCAAGCAUUGGAGGGCCUCCGUGGCUCAGUUGGUUAGUACGCUAGCGCAGCGUAAUGACCCAAGAGUUUCUCACCAAUGCGGUCGCUGUGAGUUCAAGUCCAGCUCAUGCUGGCUUCCUCUCCGGCCGUAUGUGGGAAGGUUUGCCAGCAACCU